AUGGCCAAAGUACAAUCCUUAGGCCUUCAUGAACCUUGUGCACUGCCAUAUCUGAUUGAUGAAGGAAUAUUGCCUAAUCAACCUUCAGAGUCUCUCUAUACCUGGCAGACUUAUCCAGCCUACGAUGCUGCUGGGAAAGAAGUCAGCGAGGACGAGAUCCUACAAACCAGGAAUUGUGUAGUCUGGGCUCGUGGUGGCAUUGUAAAGCGAGCCUUUAAUCUGGACGUCGAGGAAGAAGAGAUCCUUCAAAGCUUUGUUACUCAUUUCUCAGCAUGGGACAGGCUGCAUCCUCAGCAAAAUGGGGCAGCAGGCCCUCACAGGGCAGAACAACACCAGGCCUUUCGGACGGGCGAAAAGCAGUCAAGGUCUCCCGGAUCUUAUGAACGAGCGGCAGGUCAGGCACUCGUGAUAUUAUUGAAGACCAAAGCCCACAUCUAUUUUCUUACGGGUGACACGCAUAUUGUUCCUAUUCCUUUCGAGGCGGAAGCGGCGUUUCCUACCUCUCAGGGAUGUCUGAUAAAACGGAAGUCCUUGACAACAGCCGUUAAUCCAGCCGCUUUAUCAGCCCCCCCGAACUCAUUCGUGUCCUCACAAAUCAGCAGUAGUCUGACGGAACCACAGCACAUCACUCUGAAGACUGCAUCAAUUUCUAGACCAUCUCUUACAUUGUCCCCUGUUGCUCGACAAUUUGCACCACCCACCGCGCAAAAUGAUCACCUUCCUUCAAUAUUGUCGCUCACAGAUCCGCAGGCAGAAUUGGGUACUGCUGUCCGUCGUACAGAGCUGCAAGAAGGAGUGAAGGUUUCUGCUCAAGAUCACGAGCGACUCUUUGACCCUGCUGAAGAACUGUUGUACAUUUCGCGCAACAAUGAACUAGCGUCUUUAGAUGUAUCCAAUCUAGAGCCUCUUUCGCUGGGAGUCACUCUCAACGCUAAGUCAGGCAUCCUUACAGUGUGGGACGUCCAAUACAGAAAGCGGAAUAGCCACGGUCCACCAACGAAGAGAAGGAAGGUUAGCUACGAAGAUCAUGGGCUCCGUAGACGGAGUUCGAACAGGUUUAGAGUCAAUGGAUCAGCUACACCAAUUGGCCGUGGCCUGGGAGAGUCUAGAGAAAGUCUUGGACCUGAGCUCGGCCGAUCAUUCGCAGAAACUUAUGGGUCGCAUCGCCCUGAUGAACAGACUUUCAGCGAAGUCGACAAUCUGGCAACAGAGCUUGGCCCUGAUUUUGCAGAAGUAGGUGUGCAGACUAGAGCGGCUCGGCGGGUUAGCUCGAUGCUGGCUCGUACAGACCUGUCAAUGGGGCCAGAUAGAGCACCUAUCAAUGGUUUUACUUCCAGCAAUCCUGGGCGAAAGAGCUUGAACAGGGGUGGUGCUCGUGGUGACUCUUUUGGAGAUUUCAGCGAUCGUCAAAGUUUUGGAGCUCGAGCUGGCGGUCCUAUUCCUGGCAUCGGCUUUUCAAUGAGUAGCGAGACUCCCUUAACUAGCGUUCCACCUGACAGAUUGUUGGAGGGAUUCAGCUCUGGAGCCGAAUUCGAUUGCUUUGAUAGCAUGGUAUUGGAGGGUGCUAUGAGUGAGCUUCCAGCUGAAGUUGUCUUCUCUAAAGUGCAUAGCAUUCCUUGCUCAGUACAGACCCCUGUCACGCAGUCAUCAAAGUCACGCUUCAACGUCUUUGUUCUGACGUCCAAGCCGUCAGCAGGAAGUGGUAGCGCUACCAAAGCGACUCUGUCCAUUUGUAUAAUGGACAUCAAGAAAGGCGAGUUGUCGGUCAUCAAAAUAGCAUGCGUGCUCGCUCGGUCAAAUAAUGUCAAACGAAAACAAGCCAUUUCGCGAACGAGUACAUCAAUGAAGAAAUUUGACUUGUCAUCAGUCAAUGUGCAGCGUGGCACGAACAUCAUUGAUGCCUGCAAAGUUCGUGACCGAGAUCAAUGCUGUAUACUGGUUCUGACGCAGAAUCGGGACGGUCAGAUAGCAUUACUCCUCGAAGCUGUUGGCAUUUCCUCUAUUAGAGUUGAUCUGCCAGGUCUAUUGAUGGUUCACAAUCCUUUGGCUAUCUCACCUGCAACUACAUCAGAGCAGAGGCGACAGGGAGGACGGGCGCGAGUACUAAAAGAACCGUUACGAAAUCCCACUGGCUUGGGACAUACUUCUAUACUUGGUCAGGUGGAUGUACUCGAUUCCAGAGUUCAUCGGCAUCGUUUAGAAAUUCAACUCGAGCCACAGCAUCCGCAAGUCGUAAAGGUCCUCCAAACGAUAGAGCUUGCGUUACUGAACAAGGGAGGGAGUGGUGUCUGCAUAGCAUGGAUCGAGGUCAUGAAGUGGUUGCGAUUGAAGGAAUACAAUGGGAACUUGGAGUGGACAGCGAUGGUAGUCACACUUUUUAGCAUGAUCACCCCCUUUAUCGUCGAUAGACGAGGGAAUGGUAGCGUCAGCAGAAGACAGAAAAAGGGUGGUCUGUUUCGGUCGAGUAGUGGUGCUGUUAUCGACAUGACCAGUUGGGACAAGAUGGUGGAUGAGGAAUGUGGCAUCGGUAUUACCUCCCCUUCUUGGACUACGUCCCCCGGCUGGCAAUGGAUUGGCCAAGAAUCUGAGUCCUCAGGAGAUUCUGCUCAGGAGCAAAAUGUUUUGAAGCCCAGCAGUAGUAUCACGGCACAAGCACUGUUUGAGAACCGAAAAAACAGGUUUCUCCUUCAGUACGUUUCACUGAGUCGCGAAUUCAUGCAAAGUCCUAUUGGCGAACAAAUGCUUGGACCUGAUGGCUUCCUACCAACCGCGUCGAAUAAGGAUCGGGAGACUCGAAGAACAGCUGUUGGAAGUGUGCUGAUAGCUCUGCAUCUCACGCGUGAGGAGCAGAAGCUUGACACACGAUUGUCGCAUUCAAAAUCAGACAGCAUCCAGCUUGCGCCUGUCCUUGCCCAACUCGGUCAUUGGCUCAGUUGGCACUCUUGGGAUUACAGCAAAGGAUGUUAUUAUCACGCUGAAAUACCCGAUGUUGAGCAGCAGCUAUUUGAUGAAAACGUGGUCAAUUCUUUUGAUGUAGCCUCACAGCCCUUCGAUCCACCCUCGAUAUUUGAUUUUGUUGAGGCAUCUGCUUCUAGCCCUGGGAAUCGGUCUUUUCUGACAUUGCUUGAUGUCAUCGAGGCUCCUAAUUCGACGUUGAAGGAAGUGUGCACCUUAAGAGCAAAGAAUCUUACACCAAGGACGUUCGCUCUUCUCCAAUACUUCUCCAAGGCUGCCUCGCAGAAGAGCCGCUCAGCAAGAGUGGAAUGGAUGCACAAAUGCGGACUGGACGUUGAAACAUUGGCGACGAUGCCUACUGGAAUAUCAGCCAUCUUCUAUGAUGCUAUUUCCAGCUGUGAAGGUUCUCCUCCACUGUCGUGGUCCGAGCCACUCCUACAAUUGGUUGGACGGGACGACUUAAAGAGUCGGCCGCUUCAGUCAAGCUCACGAGCUGUAACAAGCAAAACUCAUGGCCUAAUUAGCCACGAAGCAACGAGAGAUUAUCAUGCAGUCGGCAAUCUCGUUUUGGAUACAGAGCCCUUCCAUUCAUGGGAUGCUUCGUCAGAAGCCGACAGACAAGGCGUGACUAGGCUCAUCUUUCGAGAAGACCGUCGAUUUCAAGAUGCAUCCAGACUUGUCAAUCAGCUACGGCCACCUGUUGCGGAUUGUAAAGCCGAGCCUGAUUGGACAGAGGCAGAUCUUCUUGAUGCUCAAAAGGAAUUGGUUCAACUGGUCACUAUGAGAACGCUGACCGUAGCGUCUGGAAGGGGCAUGAUCAAUUAUAGUUCUCGCGUACCUCUGCUCACGGAAAAAGUGCCCAUCCCCGCCUUCACCCUGGCAUGCCUGGUGAAGCCUUCGAAUGUCACUUUUAGUGCCGAAAGAGCCUCCUUCACCGAAGACCGAGCGGUGUGGGCCUUCUUCCAUAAUGGUACUGCUGCUGGUUUGACUAUCUCGAAAGAUGCAAGAGGCAUUAAUACUUCCUGGAUACUAUACAACAAGCCUCCUGAGCUUACCAACAGACACGCCGGAUUCCUGCUCGCUCUCGGUCUGAAUGGCCACCUCAAGUCGCUGGCAAAGUGGGUUGCUUUCAAAUACUUGACCCCGAAGCACACUAUGACCUCGGUCGGCCUGCUUCUUGGGCUUUCUGCUUCAUACAUAGGAAGUAUGGACACUUUGAUCACUCGCUUGCUUUCAGUGCAUGUCACGCGCAUGUUGCCUCCUGGAGCCGCUGAGUUGAAUCUCUCGCCUCUCACGCAGACGACAGGGAUCAUGGGUAUCGGUCUUCUCUAUUGCUCCUCGCAGCAUCGCCGCAUGUCCGAAGUCAUGCUUUCAGAGAUCGAGAACAACGACGUGGAAGAGGGUGUCCCACCAGAACAAACCCUCCGCGAUGAAGGCUACCGACUCGCUGCUGGCUUUGCACUCGGCUUCAUCAACCUUGGGCAAGGAAAGCGGCUCCACGGUCUUCACGACAUGAACGUGAUGGAGCGCCUCCUCACCAUCGCCAUCGGCACCAAGAACGUCAAUCUAGUCCACAUCCUCGACCGCGCUACCUCCGGCGCCACCAUCGCCUUCGCUCUGAUCUACAUGAAAACUGACGACGAAACCAUCGCCCGCAAGAUCGACAUCCCAGACACGCUCCACCAAUUCGACUACGUCCGACCAGACAUCUUCCUCCUCCGCACCGUCGCCAGGCACCUGAUCAUGUGGUCCUCCAUCCAACCUACGUAUAACUUCAUACAAUCAUCUGUGCCGAAACCCUACCGUCACCGCGCCUCCCUCUCCUCUACCCGCCACCUCAACUCGGAAGAUAUGCCCUUCUUCAAUAUCCUCGCGGGACUCUGUCUAGCUCUGGGCCUCCGCUUCGCAGGUUCUGGCUCCCAUACUGCGCGCGACCUGUUGACCUCCUAUCUUGACCAUUUCAUCCGCCUGACCCGCCUUCCAGCUCUGAAUUAUGAUUCCAAGCUCACACGCAACGCGGUCAGGAAUUGCCAGGAUGUGACAGCGCUCGCCCUGGCGGCUGUAAUGGCAGGCACUGGCGAUAUCCCUGUAUUUCGCCGUCUGCGCUCCCUCCACGGCCGCUGUGAUGCAGACACGCCAUACGGCAGCCACCUUGCCGCACAUAUGGCGAUCGGUGUACUCUUUCUCGGUGGCGGGACCUACACGCUCGGGACGAGCGACAUCGCGGUUGCGAGUCUGCUCUGCGCCUUCUACCCGCUCUUCCCCACCAACGUCAUGGACAACCAAGCUCACCUCCAGGCCUUCCGCCAUCUGUGGGUCCUGGCCGCGGAACCGAGAUGCGUCGUCUGUAGGGACGUCGAGACGGGCCGGCCAGUCUCGGUCCCCAUCACCGUCACCCUGAAAAGCGGUCCAGGCGGCGGGGAUGAAGACGAAAGAAGACUCACAGCCCCCUGCCUCGUGCCGGAACUCGACACCAUCAAGGAAAUCCGCACAGAAGCCAAGGGCUACUGGGAUGUCCGCAUCUUCUUCGAAGGUAAAGAAGGACAGGAGAAGCGAAACGAGUUCAAGAAGGGCCACCUGAACGUCUAUCUCCGACGCAGAGCCGCGUACGACGCGCCCCGCGGCAGUGUCUUUGUCAGUGAGAUGCAGGCCCUGGCCGAGCGCGGUGACGUACCCAGUGUGAGUCUCGGCUCUGCUUCUGCAUCGACGGUCGGGACCGGAGGCGGUAGUGGUGGUGGUGGUGGUGGUGGUGAGCGUGGCAAGGUCAAUCCGUUCGAGUGGCUCUGGCAGCUGGACGCGUUGAAGGAGCUGGAUGUCAGUGAGCGCGCGCUCGUGCUGCCUCACGCACAUGCGCAUGCUGCUGGUUUGGCCGCCGGGACCGGGAAUCGCUAUCUCAGGGGCACGGUGGUGGAUACGAGGCUGGAGCUCGAGCAUGCUGUCUUGCCGGAUGCGAAGGGCGGAGGCGCACUGGACAGGGACCAGCUGUGGCAGUUGCGGUUGCUGUUUGCGUGGGUGGAUGGGCUGGAGCGGGAGGAGGUCGAGCGGAGGGAGAGCGAAGGUAGAGCUGGGGAGGAGGAGGCGGGGAGGGAAGUGGGAGUGGGAGCGGGAGGGGGCAGUUGGUUGAGGAGAGAGGUCAUUGAGAGGUUGAGGUGGAGGGUUUGGAAGAUGCGCGCUGCUGUUGGCGAUGACGGUCAGGAUGAAGAGGGUGCUGCUGCGUGA